GGUUUUCCUUCUUCUCUAUCUGUUUUCCUCGUUCGAUCUAUUAGUUUUAUCUUUUUUCUCUGUGUUAGAAGAUGGGUAUACCUAAUAGAUCAAAGGAACGAAGAAGUCUGAUAGAUUCAGAGGCUAAAGUUAAGAUGGAUAAAACUAAGAAAUCAAAAAAACGGCGAAGUAAACCGCGAAUUGAGAGGAAUGAUGUUGAAGAUGACAGGAUACCUUUCAGAAGUUUUAAAGUAAAUGUGAUGGGUACUUGCCAGAGUUUUGAGUUCAGGGAUUGUGCUAGAGAAGAUAUGGGUCUUGAUAGGUUAAAGGACAUGAUCAGGCCAUACUUGAGAUUGAAGGGUGAUGAAAUUAUAGAUAUAUUGUGGUCAUAGGAUGCUUGUACUCCAAUGUCACUGUGUAGAGAAGAAGAGUUCAAGUGUUGUUGGGAUAAUGCAGAAAUUGAUGACAAUGGUUGGAGUAAGAUGUAUAUGCAAGUGCUAGAGAGUAGUAGUAAGGAUGGUGAUGAUUCUGGUCUUACCAGUGCUUCAGUUCCUCCACACAAGUACAUGAGUCCAUUGAAGAGUAGUACACCAAAGAAACCAGUCUCCAAGGGUAAUAUACCUUGUACUUCAACAGCAAAUGAACCAGUCCCCAAAGGUAAUACACCUCAAAGUUCAAUAAGAAGUCCAAGAUUAGCAGCACUGUUUAGGAAGCAAAUUGCAAUAAAAGGUAAGAAGAAGUUGUUUGUUGAUAUACCAGAUGAUGAAGAAGAAUUAGGUGAACAAACUGAAGCAAUAGAGUCAAUUGUGGAUAAUGACAAGGACGGCCCAGAAGUAUAUGUUCCUCAGUUCUGUGAAGAAACACAAGCUAGUGUAGCUGAGAACAUGCCUGAUCCAGAACAAACUCAAAGUACAACAGAAGCUAGUGUUUUUGAAGAAGAAAUAUUUAAUCAUGAUUUCUAGGUUGAAGCUGCAACACAAGCAAGUAUUGCUGAAGACAUUCACAGGUUCAGUGAAGGAUACAAGAAGAGUGAUGAAUUUCUUGUUCAGCUUCCAAACAUUGAAGAAGAUGAGUGUCAUCCUGAUGAGGACGUUAACAAUGUGCCUGGAUAUGAACAAGAGUUUAAAGAUGCCAUGGAUUACAAGAAGUUUCUGAAGAAGGUUGAAAAUGGGUAUUUAUCUGAUAAAGGAAGUGAUACUGAGAGUGAAGGUGGUAGUGAUGCUGAUAGUGUUGGUGGGGAUCCAGAGUUUGGUGAAGUUGAUGUGGAAAAUGAUAAGGAAGGGGACUUGAUGGAUUCAGAUUCUGAAAAGGAAGAACAAGUUGAACCAUCUGUUGGGUCUAAGUUCAAUGGCCCUGAAUAUAAUGGAUCUAACAGCAAUGUGCAUGAACAUGAUAACUCAGAGUUUGAGAAGCAGUAUGCAGACCACCUGAAGGAAGAAGCUGAUGAGAAAAUGUUCCCGGAGGAAGAAGAAAUUGAUCCAACCUCACUCAUAGUUGGCAGCAAGUUCAUGAAUAAAGCUGCUUUCUACAAGCAUGUGACUAACUUUUGUGUCAUCAACAAACACCAAACAAUGGCUACAAAGAGUUCUACGAUUAAGCUAAGGGUCAAGUGCAUCCAUUGGAGGUCUCUCCAUUGUCCAUUCUUCAUCUCUGGCAUUGUCAAGAAAGGUGAAGGUAAAACUUUCAUACUUAUGGGCUUUAAUCUAGAUCACAACUGCAACGGUAACAAGGAAGACAUGAGCAAAUGUGCAAACCCAUCAUAUGUAGCUGACUGGUACUAUGAGAAGACGAAGUCUGAGCUUGGCAUUAAUGAACCAGUACCAUGUGCUGAUGACUUAGCAACACAGUUCAAUAAAGCUAGAAAGGUGAAUAUUAGAUAUCACACUGCAUGGAGGGCAAGGGUGAAGGUGUUGGAGAAGAUAAAUGGCAAUUAUGAGAAGAGCUACAAACUGGUGCCUGCAUUUUGUGAAAUGGUGAAGGAGAGGAAUCCAGGCAGUAUAGCUACAUUUUCAUAUGGAACAAAAGAUAAUACUUUCUUGUCCAUGACAAUAUGUUUCAAAGCUACAAUGGAUGGUUUCUUUGCUGGAUGCAGAAAAGUUAUUGGUUUGGAUGCAUGUCACUUAUAUGGGAAGUAUGCUGGUGUGAUGUUACAUGCAACUGCAUUGGAUGGACAAAAUGGAUUACCUCCAUUAGGUAUAAUGGUAUGAAGGAACGAGAUAAUUGAAAAUUGGAAGAUAUUCUUGGAUGAUUUGAAGAAGCUGCUAGGUGAUAAAUGUGAGUUUACCAUCAUAUCCAAGCAGAAGGGAAUCUUGGAAGCUGUUGACCACUACUUUCCCUUAUUUGAGCAUAGACAAUGUGUCAGACACUUGAUGGCCAACUUUAAAAAGUACUACAAGGGGUUUAGCUUGCAGACCCAUCUUUGGAAUGCUGCCAAAUGUUAUAAGAUGGAACAUUUUUAGCAGCAUAUGGAUGUUAUGGUAGCUGAGUACCCAGAUGCUGCAAGAUGGCCCAUUGAUGAAAGGCCUGAAACCUGGUCAAGGUCUCAUUUUCCAACUACUAGCAAAUGUGAGCACAUCAACAACAACUUCUCAGAAUCCUUCAACAAUAUGGCCAAGAAGUUGAGAGACAAGCCAGUAUGCAAGCUGGGUUUGAUGUAUGGGCAGAUGGUAAUGGGGCUUAUGAACAAGAGGAGGAAUGAGGCUGCCAAGUGGAAGGAUGGUGACUUGGUUCCAAAGGCAAUGAAGCUGAUUGAGAAAAUGUGUGACUUGACCACUAAUUUUAAGCUGGAUAGUGCUGUAAGGGGGAAAGUGUAUGAAGUUACCAGUUGUCAUGGAGCCAUUUUUACAGUCAAUCUGCCAAAGAGAAUUUGUAGCUGUUUGCAACGGCAGCUAAGGGGAUUUGUCUGCCAGCAUGUUGUCUGUGCCUUAAAGCCAUUGAGACCAGUUUGGGCUGAGUACUGUGACAAGUGUUAUUGGCUGGAUAGCUACAAGAGAACAUAUGCUCCAGAGUUUACCCCA